GGUGGAGGUCUUGAGGAAACUAAGUCGGGAUGGCGUUGGCGUCGGGGCCCGCGAGGCGUGCACUGGCUCGCCCUGGGCCGCUCGGUCUUGGGGGCUGCGGGAUCCCGACACGCGGGGCGUACGAGUGGGGCGUGCGCUCCACGCGGAAGCCCGAGCCUCCUCCCCUGGACAGGGUGUACGAGAUCCCUGGACUGGAGCCCAUCACCUACGCUGGGAAGAUGCACUUCAUGCCCGGGCUGGCGCGGCCGGUCUUCCCACCCUGGGACCCUGGUUGGACGCACCCAAAGUUCCGCCGCCCAACCCCGAUUCACGAGCAGCCGCUGUACAAGGAUGGGGCCUGCUACGUCUUCCACCACCGUUGCCGCCUCCUCGAGGGUGUAAAGCAGGCCCUGUGGCUAACCAAGGCCAAAUUAAUAGAAGGCCUUCCCAAGAAAGUGCUUAGCCUUGUUGAUGAUCCAAAGAACCACAUAGAGAACCAAGAUGAACGCAUUCUGAAUGUGAUCUUUCACGCCCGUCUUUGGCACUCCACUGAAGACACCCCCAAGAGAGAGACCUACUGCCCAGUCAUUGUGGACAGUCUGAUACAGCUGUGUAAAUCCCAGAUUCUCAAGCAUCCCUCUCUGGCCAGGCGGAUCUGUGCCAAAAACUACACGUUCUCCACCACCUGGAAUCGAGAGUCUUUUCUCCUUCAGGUCCGUGGUUCUAGCGGAGCCCAACUGAAUACCAAGGAUCCGCUGCCCGCCAUCGCCUCCAAGGAGGAGGUUGAAGCUACUAAGAAUCAUGUUCUUGAGACUUUCUAUCCCAUAUCACCCACUAUUGAUCUUCAGGAAUGCAGUGUUUAUGAUGUGAAAGACAACACAGGAUUCCAGGAGGGCUAUCCUUACCCCUAUCCCCACACCUUAUAUUUCCUGGAGACAGCCAGUUUACGACCACACCGCCUUCAACCAGAUCACCUGCGGGCCAAGAUGAUCCUGUUUGCCUUUGGCAAUGCCCUGGCUCAGGCCCGGCGCCUCUAUGGGAGUGACACUAAAGUUUUGGAGCAGCCGGUAGUUGUGCAGAGCGUGGGCACCGAUGGACGUGUCUUCCAGUUCCUGGUGUUACAGCUGAACACCACAGACCUGGCCUCUAACGAGGGCGUCAAGAAUCUGGUCUGGGUGGACUCAGACCAGCUCCUCUAUCAGCAUUUUUGGUGUCGCCCAGUGAUCAAAAAGAAGGUGGUGGUGGAACCUGUUGGGCCGACUGGUUUCCAGCCAGAGACAUUCAGGAAGUUUUUAGCUCUGUAUUUGCAUGGUGCCGUGUGAGCCAAGGACCGCUCUGAGUCUGAAGCCCCCUUGCCCCUCCCGUGGAAGAUCCUGCAUCCAGGGCAGUGACUGCCCGGAGCCUGAGUGCUCCC